AUCUGAAGAAAGCAAAGAAGAUAGAGAAUAUCGAAGAAGGUUGGGAUGGCGUGUAUGGCUCAGCAGUUGAGUGGAGUGAGGUGGUCACCAUUAGCGUCGAAGCCAACGCAGAAACAGAAGCUGAAGCGGAGGCACAGUGUGGUUGUGUGUUCUGUGGCACUCGCUAAUGCUCAGAACAAAGAGAGGUUGAAGCUCAAAGAACUCUUCGAACAAGCCUACGAGAGAUGUCGUACUGCUCCCAUGGAAGGUGUUUCCUUCACCCUUGACCAAUUCUCCGAGGCUCUCGAGAAGUAUGAUUUCGAUUCUGAAAUUGGGACCAAGGUUAAGGGCACUGUAUUUGGCACAGAUGCAGGUGGUGCUUAUGUUGACAUUACUGCAAAGUCCUCGGCAUACUUGCCCCUGCAAGAGGCAUGCAUCCAUAAAAUUAAGCAUGUAGAAGAAGCAGGCAUAAUUCCUGGCGUGAGAGAGGAAUUCAUAAUCAUUGCUGAAAAUGAAGGUGAUGAUAGCUUGUACUUGAGUUUGAAGUCUAUCCAGUAUGAUCUUGCGUGGGAACGCUGUAGACAGCUUCAAGCAGAAGAUGCUGUUGUCAAGGGUAAGAUUUUUAAUGCAAACAAAGGUGGUCUGGUGGCUGAAGUGGAAGGCCUUAAGGGGUUUGUUCCAUUCUCACAGAUAUCAGCAACGAAAUCAAAUGGAGAAGAACUUCUUGAGAAGGAGAUUCCUCUAAAAUUUGUAGAGGUGGAUGAGGAACAGUCCAGACUUAUCCUCAGUCACCGCAAAGCUGUGGCUGAUAGCCAGGGACAGCUAGGAAUUGGAUCAGUAGUCACUGGCACUGUUCAAAGCUUAAAGCCAUAUGGCGCCUUCAUUGACAUUGGUGGAAUCAGUGGUCUCCUUCAUGUCAGUCAGAUUAGUCAUGAUCGUAUAACUGAUAUUGCAACUGUUCUUCAACCUGGUGAUACUCUGAAGGUGAUGAUCUUAAGUCAUGAUCGGGAGAGAGGCCGGGUAAGUCUUUCCACAAAGAAGUUGGAACCCACACCUGGAGACAUGAUUCGCAAUCCAGACCUCGUCUUUGAGAAGGCGGAGGAGAUGGCUCAAACAUUCAGACAGAGAAUUGCCCAAGCAGAAGCUAUGGCUCGUGCUGAUAUGCUUAGGUUCCAGCCAGAGAGUGGAUUAACUCUCAGCAGUGAUGGGAUCCUAGGACCACUUGGUUCAGACUUGCCUGCAGAGGGACUGGAUCUGAGUGAGGUACCCCCAGCUGAAGAUUCAUGAUUGAGAAUUGAGAGGCCUCUACUCCCCCCACACCCUCCCCUGCCCCCUUUUUUUUACACCUUACUUUAAAUAUUGUUGUAGAAUGAUAAACCUAAUGCUUUCUUUUGUUUGAUAUUCAUCUUACCGACAGCAUAAAAAUGAACAAAUUCAUUAUUCUGUACCUAUUUGAGCAAACUACCCCCACACACUCCUGCAAUGCUGACUUCUUUUCAGUUUUCUAUAUAAUGAUUCU